AUGCCUGUAGGCGCUGACGAAGGCCUACGGGGGGCCUCUGCAGAUACAUCAGCAGCAGCAACUCUCCAGCACUCCCAUCUGAACCCAAGCGAAGAGAACCACCCCCAGCCGCAGCCGCCUGCAGUAAAGGUCGCGCAGAAUCCGUGUAGCGAUGGGGGGCCCCUGACAGUGGGAUAUGAGGGGGCCCCCGUAACCCAGGCAGAUCCGGCUGCGGCUGCAGCGGGGGAGAGUUCUGCUGUUGCUGCGCGGUGCGUGUCAGCGGAGGAUGAUCUGGGUACUGACCCCCUGACAGUGGGAUAUGAGGGGGCCCCCGUAACCCUGGCAGAUCCGGCUGCAGCUGCAGCGGGGGAGAGUUCUGCUGUUGCUGCGCGGUGCGUGUCAGCGGAGGAUGAUCUGGGUACUGAGGCAACGCCUUCUCGGGCUCUUCAGGGGCCCUUUAUGAAUUCUUCUUCUUCUCAGUCAUCUAGCAGCAGUCCUGGGGUUGCUGGGGUCUCUGUACAGCGCAGCCGCUCGGCGCUGCUGAGCCCGACAGCACAGCAGGCAACCGUCAGCUACCUCGAUGCCUUCAGCAGCAGUCCUGGGGUUGCUGGGGCCUCUGUGCAGCGCAGCCGCUCGGCGCUGCUGAGCCCGACAGCACAGCAGGCAACCGUCAGCUACCUCGAUGCCUUUCAUCAGAAACAGCGCAGCCAAAACAGCUGCGACCUGCGACGAAGGCACGAGGCCCUUGACACUCUCAAACAGUGGCGGGGGGCCCCCAAGCCAGGCGGAUGGCGGGUUGCUGGGGAGAGUACGACGGGGGUGGUCGGGGGAGAUGGUGCAGCUUCACGAGGGUUUCCUGGGGGCCCCCCUGGGGGCCCCCCAGGGGGCCCCCCUGAUGGGCGCGUGAGGAGAGGAUCUGCUGCAUCACGCUCGCGGCAGCAGCUGGUGGGGGAGAUGGCGGCUCUGUUCAGCCGUCUGUGUAUGGGGGAGGAGCAGCGGCUGCUUGUGGUGUAUCGACAGAAGCUAUCGCGGCUGGAGAAACAGCAGCUGCAGCUGAGCUCACUUUCAGCUCGAUUGAUUCGUUCAGCUUCUGCAACAAAGGCGAGAGGAACUCUUAUCAAGGAGAGAUCCUUUCAGCUGCAGCGGCAGCUGCAGCAGCAAGAGCCAGCAGCAAAAACACCAAGCAAACGCAUCCCAGCUUCCUUGCUGCUCCCGCUGCCCACAUUCAGCCCUGCAUGCAACACGCAGACACCGCAGCAGCAGCAGCAACAGCAGCAGCAGCAGCAGCAGCAGCAGCCUUCAGAUCCCUGGCGCCGUCUGCUGCGGCGGGCACGGCCUGCGCAGCAACAGCAGCAGCAGCAGCAGCAGCAGCCUUCAGAUCCCUGGCGCCGUCUGCUGCGGCGGGCACGGCCUGCACAGCAGCAGAAGCAGCAGCAGCAGCAGCAGCAGCCUUCAGAUCCCUGGCGCCGUCUGCUGCGGCGGGCACGGCCUGCGCGUCGCCGAGCUUCGCUGCCUUCAACGGUUGGCCUCGUGGGGGCCUCCAGUGGGUUUUCAGCAGCAGCAGCAGCAGCUGCUGCUGCUGCUGCUGCAGCAGCAGCAGCAGCAGCAGCAGCGGGCGGCGACAGUGUGGCUGCGUCCUCCUCGAGCUGUACAACAACAGGACAAAGUGUUGGCCUCGUGGGGGCCUCCAGUGGGUUUUCAGCAGCAGCGGGCGGCGGCAGUGUGGCUGCGUCCUCCUCGAGCUGUACAGCAACAGGACAAAGACGGGGGUCAGCAGCGGAGCCAGCAGCAGCAGCUGAAGCAGCAGCGGAGCCAACAGCAGCAGCAACAGCAGCAGUAGCAGCAGCAGUAUCUGCUGCUUUUGAGCUCUCAGAAGCAGUUGAGCGCUUCAGCAGCAGCAGAAGGAGAAGAAGCUUACCGUGCAGGAUGCUGGACCCUUUCUUCUCUCGUCAGCGGGGGAGACGGCAACGCCGCACAGCAGAGGAGCUGCUGCAGCAGGCCGAGGCAGCUUGUGCUGCUGCUGCUGCUGCAGGUGCUGCAGCACCAACUCUUUGUUAUGGUUCCCUGCUGCAGGACCUUCAGUGCCUCUCCCGCAGCCUCGCGGUGGAAAUGCUGCAGACGCAGCAGCGCAUGCAGCUGACGGAUAUGCUGCAGCAGCGGCCAGCAGCAGCAGCAAGACGCGGAUGGGAUGCAUCAGCAGCACGCUUAUGUCAGCUGCCCCUAAGCCAACGCAGCUGCUGCAGCUGCAGCUGA